AAAUGAUAAUCUCGUAACCUAAAUAUUUCUGCCUAUAAAAGCAACGGCAUUUCAGAUGCCAGUCAGGUAUCUGUUGGAUCUUCUGUGUACGAAUCUACUAACAAAUAUGAAGUUUGUUGUCUGUUUUCUGGUAGUUUUGCCUUUGGCUUUAAGUGCCCCACUCAUAGCUGAGGAGAAUGACUUUGACAAGAGAUUUAUCUUCGGUAAAGUUCAACUGCCUUCAGCUAAAGAAUUAGGACAGAAGAUCCUCAGUACGCUCGGAUCUGACACGUCAGAAGCUGCAUGUGAAGCAGCAUGUCCAACUGCCCUGAAUGCAAUAGUUCCAGGAGCAGGUUUAAUUGGAGGAUCUUUAUGUAGCCCAGCUUGUCACUGGGUACAAACACAGAUUCAGGGAUAAAUUGCAAUUACAUCUUUUGGUUGAUGUUCCAAAAUAAAAUUUAAAAAAACA